GGUUGUCGCAAUGCGAGGAACGCAGCAAAACAAUCUGGUGGGCUGAUAGGAAACGAAGGGCAGCGUAACUGUCAAAGUAACUGGCGCGAUGCGCUGCAUGCAUUCACCCUACCGCCUUCAGUUGAAUGCCUUGAUGCCUUGAUGCCUGAUAUUGCAAUGUAUCAUAUAUACAAGGCCGAUACAGGGCUGGUAUUCAAUCGUGUAUUGUUGGAAGUACCGCUACAAAGAACACAGUACAACUUUACACUGGCCCUGAAGUUCUCUGUGACUUCCUGA